AUUUAGUUGAUUACCACAGAUUUAUAAGACUAUUAUUCAACACUUGUUUGAUAUCUUGUCGGACGUUUCGUUCUACGAGUUGUGGACAAGAAUUGAACACGAGCGCCAUUUCUUCUGCUAAGUUCAGUCAUUUGACGAAAGGCGGCUUCAAGCAUUUUCAAAAUCACCAAAUAAAAAUUUAAUUAAAAGCAGCGGAAGCUUUAAGAUAUGAUAUGAUACUGAAAUAAAUUAAAAUAAAUUUUUUUCUGCGUUUUUACUUUUUAUUAUUUCAAUGGUUUGGGCGAUGCGUAUUUCAUAUCGGAAUCUUAUCCCCUAAUAGCAGACAACUUCCCGUUGGAAAUGAUUUCACGUUUCAUGACAAACACAAAAGAGGUCAUAUGGAUCUUUGAAGUCUUGUAAACGUACUACAAGUUUUGUUUUCGUAAGAAAAGGACAACGUCGAAUUAAUCGAAGGCUUUUGAAUAUCGUUUAAUACUAUGGACGAAUCUGAUUAUAACAAUGAAACUGGAUGUCACAGGAGAAAACGUCAACUCAGUGAUGGUGAUCCAGAUGCAUGUGACUUUAUGCCACUGUCUAAAAGGAUCAACAACCUGCAUUUAAAUGGUAGUAAUUUGAACUCGGAAGCCACACCAUCAUACACUCCUACUGGAUCUUCCAUCUGUGAAUGCCGUCUGCAACCAAGCACUUCCAGCAGUGUGAUUCAAUGUUCCUUGUGCAACCCCAAUCUCUAUGGGAUCACUCGGCAAGCACUUCCUCUUCCAGACCUGCUGAACAUUCCCAAUGAAAUGUCACGUGAAAGAACUCCCCAGCAUCAACAGUUUAUUCACGAUGACACCUAUUCACCAGACAUGGAUGUUCACUCCAACCCUCACUACUACACACCCAACAAGCUGCUGUUUGAUUUGCACAUUGAGCGUGUCAAGAGGCACGGUAUACUAUUCAAGCCCAACAAGUACGACGGCUAGAAGAUGUCAGUACUAAUAAUGUAACAAUAAUAUUUCGCUCUUUUCUGUUUCGGUUUUUUUUUUUAAUCACAAUUUUAUGAAAUCACUUCAUCUUCGCUAGUCGAUUAAUACACGAAAUUAUAUUUCAGA